AUUAUUUUCAAAAGUAGCAGAAACACAUACACACACACACACACACACACACACACCCCAGUUCCAACCCGACCCCCUCCAGGACUGAAUUCUCGCCUCCCUCAGACCAGAACAUGGCAUCCAACAAUAUCUUUGAUUCCUUCACGACCUAUUCGCAGCCCUUCAUUCGCGACCCGAGCACCAGCCGGCGCUUCACACCUCCCUCCACUGCCUUCCCCUGCGGCAAGAUGGGCGAGAACAGCGGGGCGCUGAGCGCGCAGGCGGCCGCGGCCAGGCCCGGCGGGCGCGCCCGGCCUGAGGUGCGCACCGUGGUGGACGUGCUGGCCGACCACGCGGGCGAGCUGGUCCGCACCGACAGCCCCAACUUCCUGUGCUCCGUGCUCCCCUCGCACUGGCGCUGCAACAAGACGCUGCCCGUGGCCUUCAAGGUGGUGGCCCUGGGGGAUGUCCCCGAUGGCACGGUGGUGACGGUGAUGGCCGGCAAUGACGAGAAUUACUCGGCUGAACUGCGUAAUGCUUCGGCCGUCAUGAAGAACCAGGUGGCCCGAUUUAACGACCUUCGAUUCGUUGGCCGGAGUGGCCGAGGGAAGAGCUUCACGCUGACCAUCACGGUGUUCACCAACCCCACCCAAGUGGCCACCUACCACCGGGCCAUCAAGGUGACCGUGGACGGGCCUCGAGAGCCGAGAAGGCACAGGCAGAAAAUGGAAGACCAGCCAAAGGCCUUUCCUGAUCGAUUCGGUGACCUGGACCGGCUUCGAAUGCGAGUGACGCCAACAACCCCUAGUCCCCGGGGCUCCCUGGCCACCUCCACUCACUUCAGCACUCAGGCUACUGCACAAGGCACAUCUGAGUUAAGUCCGUUCUCGGAUCCCCGCCAGUUCGAUCGCUCUUUCUCCAGCCUGCCGGGCCUCCCAGAGCCCAGGUUUUCCGACCCCAGGAUGCAUUACCCGGGGGCCAUGUCGGCAGCCUUCUCCUACACGGCCAACCCCUCCCCCACUGGCAUUGGCGGCAUCAGCAUGACCAGCAUGCCUGCGGCCACCCGCUUCCACCACACGUACCUCCCCCCUCCCUACCCGGGCUCCACCCAGAACCAGAGCGGGCCCUUCCAGACCAACCCCUCCCCCUACCACUUGUACUACGGUACCUCCUCCAGUUCCUACCAGUUCUCCAUGGUGGCGGGUGGGGAGCGCUCCCCCACCCGCAUGCUGUCCUCCUGCACCAGCACCGGGCCGGGAAACAACCUCAUGAACCCCAGCCUGGCCAGCCAGAGCGACGGCGUCGAAGCUGACGGCAGCCACAGCAACUCGCCGACCGCCAUGACCGCCCCCGGAAGAAUGGACGAGUCAGUGUGGAGGCCAUACUGAUGGGCGCCGUGGAGUGUCCUGUCCCAAUCCUGACUCCCGGCCCCCAUGGAGCGUCCCUGGCCCGAAUCACGAGGCUCCGGGCAGGGCUUGGACAGCCGCACCGAAAGGCCCCCUCCUUCCCAGAGAGAGGACAGCCUGAGACCCAGGGAAGGAAGGAGGCCAAGCUGUCCACAUGUCAAACUAGCAGGUUGGGGCGGGCGGGGAAUGAGUUUUAGUUGCUGACUGCUGUGUACAUAGGACCCGUGAUCCAAGAAACAACCAAAGCAUCAUGGAAGGGGAAGCCCAUGGAAAACCUGGGCUCGGCCAGCGAGAGGCUGUGUGACCUCAGGCCGAGUCCCUUGCCCGUCUGAUCUUCAGUUUCCUCUUCUGUAAAAUGAGGGAGCUGGGCCAAAGGACCUCCAAGGUCCCUCCAGCUCCAUAUCUUAUGUUCUAAGGUUCCCUUCAAACACCAACAUUCUUUUCCCAGCGUUCUAAGGCGCCUUCAUACUUUAAUGUUCUGUGUUCUGAUGUUCCCUGUUCUAAGGUCCCUUAGAGCAGCUCUGAUGUUCUGUGGUCUAAGAUCCCUUCCUUCUCUAGCCAAUGUUCUAAGGUCUCUUCUAGCAUUCCAUGUAUGUUUUAUGAUUCAUUUCAUCCUGAAUCCCCAAAGAGAAGGCAAACUUUCCCCUUCCCUCCCACCCAGCAACCUCAGACUUUGUUAUUCCCGGUUCCCUUUUCCAAGGCCUGAAUUAUACACACCAAAGAGUGUUUGACUCCUUAGGACAGGGAGUGUACCUCUUCUUGAGUGAUACCCCAGAAGAGCACUGUCAGUCACCAGGAAAGCCUUCCACCUGCUUAGCUUUGUGCUCCUGCCUCAUCUGGUCAGGUGCCAGAUGGCCUCUGCUCCUGGCCAGUGUCCCCUCACACUUUGAGAGCCGAAGGAUGCCCCCAAGACCCUCCCACACCUCCCUGCUCCCUGCCUUUGCUGAACCCCUUCCCUCUUUCACAGCCUGGGCUGGGACCUAUAGGUGACAAUGUCAGGCCAAGGAUGCUACAGGACCGUGGCUUUAGGGACAUCCAGUUCCUAGUGAUACUGAGCCCAGGGCUUCCUCCCUUGGGACAGGGAGUCAGGCAGGUGUUUGGUGGGAAGGCCUCCCAGUAAAGUCCACACACAGGUCCCAUGGCUGGGUACUAAAGGCACCACCUGCAGGCCCCGCUGCAGCUCUUGGUGGGCCCUGGAAUGGGUCCCAGAACAUCCAUUCCUCCUCUGAGCAUCUUACCCACCCAAGGAGAGUGCCUUCCCAGAGGCCUUGGGGUGAAGGACCAUUAACACCAGCCAGAGAGAGCCAUAAGGUUUGGAACCAGAGUUUGGCCUGGACAAACCUCACCUACUCACCUUUCUCAUUUGACUGUUUCUGUUGGGGGAAGAGGGAGGUAGGUGAAGUUUUCCUUGUAGGGCAACUCUGUACAUGUAAGGUGGGUGAGGAGGGGUGAGGAGCAAAAGCAAAGAGAUCUUUCACCCCAACAUCGAGUGUGAAGGUGCUCAGGGAGGCACAGGGAGCUCUGAACCAGAGACCAGAAGGCUCACCUUAACUGGAGCAGGGGAUUAGCUCGAGGUGGCACAUUUCUGUCUUCAGUUUCUUCCUUGGAACAGUGAAAGGGGUUGGAUUGCAUGACCCCUAAGGUGCUUUUUCCACCCUAAUUCCAUGACUUCUAUGCUAUCUAAGGCCCUGACAGUCUGACAUCUCUGCCAAUUCUCAUAUUCUAUGUCCCCCCCCCCCUCCCCCGCCCUUACCUUCUGCUCUAGACACUUUAUUGGAAGGGCUUUUCCAGCUGCAGCAUGCUGUGACCCGUCCGUCACUCCGUGUGGGAAGUUCCCAUCUAGCUCUGAUAUUGUUCUAAGGCCCCUUGAGGUUCUGACAGUCUAUGUUCUAAGAUCUCUCCCAGCUCUGACACUCUGUACUCAGGGCUCUCCCAGCUCUGACAUUCUGUGUUCUAAGGACCUUCUCUGUCCUACCAUUUCCUGUUCUCAGGGCCCUGCCAGCUCUGGCAUUCUCUCCGAGUUUCCUCUAGGCCAAUUCUCUAUUUCCUACCCACAGUGUCGUCAGCACCAGGUUCUUUUGUUAUAGAAAAUGACUGUUAAGUGAAAAGAAUUUGGGAAGUAUCUUGUACAGGACCUAUCAAUUGUGCCUCAAGUUUGCAGUAAGCAGAUAAGAAAGCACUUAUUUCUUUGAACUGUUUCCUGGGGUGUGGAAAUCAUUUCUAACAGGAAAAAAAAAGACCCUUUGUUGUAUUGGGGUUUGUUGCAAUGGGAUUGCCCACCCCCCCCCAAGCUCAUGGCCUGCUGGUAGGAAGGCUUCCUUUGAUGUAGGGAGCCGUUAGGAAGAGGUCAUCUAAAUUCUCCCUAGGUAAUUACCUUCUUGCUCUAUUCAUUGGAGAAGAAGACAUAGUCACCACCUUCUCAAUGACCCUAUUUUCUUCAAACAUCUUAACCCUGGCACUUUGAAUUCUAAAAACCCGCUGUCCCAGGGACCACCCCACCUUGUGUGGCCACAAGCUGGUAACCUUCCUGCCAGACCAGCCCUAUGGAUACCAGCAGAAACAUGCUUCCCACUAGGCUGUGACUUCUUCCUCAUGGUCCCCGCCCAGCUCCAUGCUUAUCAGCCGAGGCAGGGUCUCAGACCCUGAUCUCCACCUAGAAAGAGAGUAGAACAGGGCCACCCCUAUACACAGCAACAGGUAAAGGGAGGCAGGGUCCAACAUGCUGCUGAGGGCAGGAGACAAGUGGCCAGGUUUCUCCACCUACCCAGGCAAAGGGAUACCCUACCAUUCCCAUGCCUGGAUACCAUCACUGCCCCUGUGUCUUUUGAAAACUUUGCUCCCCGACCCUGUUCCCCUCUCUUGUUGGGUGGUGAAAAAUAGGCUUUGCACUGUAAUUUGCUUGAGUGUCCAGAGUAUUUUUAAUGCUUGUACGGUAAACCUGGGUCUGCCUUCUGUACUAUUUAAUGGUAAAAUCUGAUUUUGUUGUACUUGUUAUAAUAAUAUAAUUCUGAGAGACAUUGAAACAUCCCAACCUAAGGCCGUCUGUGUGUGUGUGUGUGCUGCCUACUGGCCCUUAAGGCAAAGCCAAGAUGAUGUUGCCAGUUGGUGUAAUAGAGUCGAAUGGAGUAGUCACUUAGGGUGACUAAAGAAGAAGUCAAUUAACCAAUAAAAACCCUGAGUCCAUAGCCUCUGACCCUCCUAAUCUGCUCUGUAUGAGAAAGGGGCUGAGAAAUUGGCCUUCUUUGGAGCAGCCCACCUGGAUGGUGGUGCAGGGUGAGGUGGUGCCGGUGCACACCUCAUUUCCCCAGACUGCCCCUCUGGCCCACUUUCUGUUUACCAUGGAGCUUCUCACCUCGAACUAAUAAACAAGUGGUCACA